CGUCAGUUUAUUAAGUGGUUUAAUUAUAAGUGCUUGUUAAGAAGAUAGCAACCGUUAAUACUUUUUAAAUAAGUAAGAUAAAUUGUAGAAACGCAUGCUUUCGACCCCCUUUUUGUUCAGGAAAUGGUACGCGCCAUUUUCCCCUGUCUCACUGUUGCCACAUCGUUUGCUGCUCCGCUGUCUGUAUGUCGGAAGCCGUAUUAUACACAAAAUACCGGCAACCUUUAGUGUUACCGUUCUGGGACAGAUUAUGAUAUUAUUUCCGUCUACAUUUCGGCUAAUGGUGGUUAUUUAAAAUUGACACGUUUUUAAACCGGAGUCGGGCGAUGGGGGAUGAUGUCCUGUGACUGUCAUGUCGGCGUCUUCACAGAAGAGCGAAUGAAACAUAAUCUGGAGCGCGAGAGUGAAAGACAAACCAUGCAUCUUUAUUUCUGUUGACGAGGACGAGCAUCUCGACAUCGAAAUCAAACCCGAGAUUUAUUUUUUAGCGAUAUAUCUAUUUAAAGAACGAUCUGAAGGGCACAAAUAAGGAAAUAAAAUAGUACUUUAAGACUUAGUGCAUUGACAGGAAUUCAUCUCAUCUAUGAUAAAAAGUGACAUGAAGUUGUUAUAAUAUCUAAUUAUAUUUUUAAAUAUAGAUACUGGAGAAGAAUAGAAAUUUAGGAACUUUUUAUGCAAUGAAAUUUUCACUUUGGCUCUUGCCACAAACUAUAGAUUAUAUAGAUUAUUUAAUUGAAGAUUUAUAAUGUUGGACUCAAAGAUGAAGGACGUGUGUCGCAUCUGUGCAAGGGAGCUGUAUGGUAACCAGCGGCGAUGGAUCUUCCACCCAACUGCCAAGCUGAGUCUGCAGGUGCUGCUGUCCUAUGCAUUGGGCAGGGAAAUGACCCGAGACGGCAGGGGAGAGUUUGCCUGUAGCAAGUGUGCCUUCAUGCUGGACCGAAUGUACCGCUUCGACACUGUGAUCGCCAGGGUGGAGGCGUUGUCCAUUGAACGGAUGCAGAAGCUCUUGUUGGAGAAAGACAGGCUCAGGCAGUGCAUUGGAGGACUGUACCGCAAAAAUAAUGCUGAUGACUUUGGAGUGGAUAGUGGUGCUGCGGAUUCUUCUGUAGUUGACUUCUCCAGGCUGGCUGAAGCUGAAUACAACGCUCUGUUGCAGGAAGAUCUGGCAUACUCUGUUUAUGAGUCCUGGGCUGAGCAUGGAACUCAGGAGCAGGCUCAAGACCACCAAUGCCUUGUUCAUCAGUGCCAUGUGGCAGCAGAUGCCACUUUAGGUCCCCGUCCCAGGAAGUGCAAAGGGUGCGCUGCACUGCGAGUUUCAGAUUCAGAUUACGAGGCAGUCUGCAAGGUUCCUAGGAAAGUGAGUCGGAGCACUUCCUGCGGGCCCUCCACACGUUACUCCGGUAGUGUUCUGGACAGCGCUGAGGAAACCAUCCCAACCACUCCUCCACCAGAAACAGAACCUGAUGAGAACAAUCAAUCUCGCCAGCCCAGUGAUCCAGAGCCUGUCUUUGAGAGUCCUGCCUCCUCUGUGGAGUCUUUGGACACUGCUGUAGAUGUCACCCAAGAGUCUUAUCCAAAAGUCCAUCCUAACACCGUGCAGGGAGAGUCUGAAGAGGAACGAUCUGCCAUCAAGAUGCCUAGUUCUGUUUGUGGAAUUGAUAUGGCCCUCAGCUUGCUUAAAAGCUUUGAAUAUCACCCUCUUCAGAGUCACAGAGGUAGUCGAAUUCCUGUGCUCCUCAAACCUGUCACUACACCCAUGGGGAGUUCUUACCCUCUGCUACAGGUGCCUCCCAUUGGGGUAGAGUGUCCCAAUUUUCCCCAUCUUCCAGAUGCUCCUUCCAGCAUCCAGCAGGAGCUUCAGCUUGAGUUGGCAGAAAUGGAAGAGCUGUGGUUGGAUGAUUAUGUGCAGUGCAAGCCAUUGGGCCUUCAGAAGGUAAACAGGAAGACCUAAGAAAAACCUCAGAAAACCAUUAGAAUGAAGAAAAGGAUGAAUAAAUGAGGGUUGUUUGAAAAGCAUCUUCUGUUUGUACGAAGUAUAUUAAGAAACAGGGAAGAUGAAUUUAUAGGGCAUAAACUAGAUGAGUAGAUGAAGAACUUCCUCAGGCCUCUCCGGCUCUCUGAUUGCUUUUGUUUACUAGGUUACCCAUCAUCUUCUUAGCAACUGUUGUUGAGAGCAACAGAGCAUCCUGCCACAGGAUAAUUCUAAAGGGAUUAUUGUAUUCUCGCUCCAUAUUGGCUCUAUAUUUAAACUGCCAAUCAAAACUUUAGGGUCAGUAAGUUACUUUUGUUCAGCUUCAGCAAGGGUGCAUUUUGUUGAUUUAAAAUGAU